AUCACGGGCAUCACUAUGGGUGGCGGAGUAUUCAAGUUUUGCUCGGCGGUAACGGAAAAAAGCAGCAUGACGGCAUCUUCGUCAGGCCACAACAGCGGACAGUUCUCCAGCUUCGUCCCAGCUCCGUCCGUCCCAUCGUCCACUACGCUUCACUGGCCGCUACUGUUGGCCGCCAAUUGCGUGGUGGGCUGUUUCCUGGCGGCCCUGGCCAUCGGCUACACAUUUUUUCUCACCUGGGACAAACAAAUGAUACUCAACUUCCUCACUAAUAAAGGUGACAGCAACGAUCACCUGAUCAUGAACGAAACAUACGACUACUCUUCUUCUGCUCCACCUGCACCAGCCAACAAUGAGAGGUGUAAACCGCUCUGCAGCCGUUGCAAAAACUCAAAAAAUUGUUCCGCCACUCUCAUAAAUUCUUUAGUCACUAACAAGAACUUUGAAGUUAAUAGGAGUCUAGCUCCUUACCCGUGCUGUCACCAGAUCGAGUACUGCUGCAACAACCCAACUGUAAGCCAGCAUAAGAGUCAUUGCAAUCCUCACGCCGAGGUGCAUAAUUUCUCACAGAAUGGGAAGAAACAAACAAGUUAUAAAAACAAUUCUUCCUUCAACGAUCACCGCAUGCGCUGCAGUCAAUGCCCUUGGGAUCAGGCAAUUCAUUUUAACAGCGCCUCGUACCCACAAUCUGCUAGCCUCAUAUUUGAUGUAAAGGCUCCUGCACCGUAUACAGGAGACACCACACAGAAGUUCUGGACUGUAGAUGGUCAUGCAAAUGCAACCCAAGCGGCGCCCCAGAACUUGGGCUACUCUAAUCAUUUUGGUCACAUUCACAAUGAAGAAUUAUCUACAGUUUCUAUAGAUUUACGUGCAGGCAAGGAACCUGCGCAUAAACAUGAAAGCUUCAGUUAUAAAUUUUGUGACGAUCCCAUAUGCCAACAAGAACAACUGAGAUUCCACAGACAAAAAUCCCUGGUCAACAGAAAGCUUCACAAUGAUGUUGAAGCAGAGUUUCAGUUGCGUCGUACUCGUGAAUUAAAUCCAUUUAAAGAGGCUUGUGCCAGAGAUUCGAGCUGGAAUAAUUAUUCCGAAAAUAGCAAUAUAUCUAGUGGAAAUCACGAACACAUGUACAGCAACAUCAUGAUGGAGAACUACAUGACAUCCAUGAGCUCAAUACACCGCCCCCCAGCAGACUAUAGCAGUUACCCCUGCAAGCCGUCUCAUUGCAGCAGUCACUGCGCAUGUGCUCAGCGAGCGCCGUAUUAUUCAUUUCGUCAGGCCGAUUGGGACCAAUCCAUUCAGCCGAGCCGCAAGCAGAGAUACGCAGAAGAAUAUUUUUUAGAUACUGAAAAAUCCACAGAAUUGAAUUUCUCGCAGGCUCCGCUACCCGGCUUUCGAUACAAUUGUUCUACCCUACCUGCAAAGUUUUCAGCCAAGCAUUCGAAUUUCCUAGAAGAAGAUAGAAGUCAAGAAAUGACGCGAGAAUUCAAGUCUUGCGUGAACAUCACAGAAGUUUCUGUGGGAUCGCUUGAUCUCAUUAAAAGCAGUCGCUUGAACAGCUAUCCACGUAGGAACUACAGCGCACCUUCCUUGAAAGCCAAAAUUGACGAAUUCGAUAAAAGAAAAUUAGUAAAGACUGUGAAAUUUAUCACGCCGCAUGACGAAGACGAAGAUGAAGAUGAUGAGGAUUCAGACUCUGAUUAUUACAUAAAGAGAACUCCUUCGAAAAAUGUCAAAGACAUCAAAAGAGUUUAUCUGCCGGCAGACGGCAGCUCACCCAUCAGGGAGCUCUGUAGCAGCAGCAGCACUUAUCGCUAA